AUGGCAAAAGCUCUUCGUAGUUGCUUUUGUGGCCUCUCCUUCAUUCUUGGUUUGCUGUUAUUGUCUUCCUCGUUGGGCUCAGAAGCUCUCACAAGCAAAAGCAUACUCAAUUGUCAAACAAACCCUAAACCAAAUAAUAAAACUACAAGAAUUGGAGUUGUCUUCGACAGUGGCUCUCAACUUGGGAAGCAACAGAUGGUAGCAAUGAAGAUGGGUUUAAGCCACUUUCAUUUGUCUUCUUCCUGUCUCAAGCUGGAGCUUCUCCUCCAUGAUUCUCAUCAAAACCUCACUUCACCACCUUCUUCUGCUUUGGAUCUGAUUACCAAGGGAGGAGUCAAAGCCGUGGUUGGAUCAGUGAGAAUGCAGGAUUUGAUUAUGAUCUCUGACAAUAAUUUUCCUGUCGGAGUUCCUAUUGUUUCCACUUCAGCUGAACAAUUAGAACAACUCAAAAUCCCAUCAUUGAUUCAAAUGGCCAACCAUAUCAACCAUCGAAUCCAAUGUAUUGCUUCAAUUCUCACCCAUUUUCAAUGGCGAAAAGUUACAAUCUUUUAUGAAAUCUCACACACUGAUCAUUCUCCAAUAUACUGCGCGGUCUCAGCCAAUCGUCUCUUCGAUUCGUUACGGCUGGCUGAUGUAGAGGUUGAACACCGUCUGGCUCUCUCUUCCUCAUCCAAUCAAGAAAUAUUGAUAGAACAUGAAUUGCAAAAGCUUAUGAACAGUCAAAGGAAUAGGGUUUUUGUAGUUACACAACUUGAAGUAGAGUUGGCAGUUAUUGUUUUGGAAAGAGCAAAGAAAUUGAAUAUGGUUGGAAAUGGGUAUGUCUGGAUCGUCUCCAAUGACGUUUUUGAUCUUAUGGACUCUUUAGAUUCUUCCUUUUGGUACAAAAUGGACGGUGUGAUUGGGUUUGGAACAUAUUUCAAUGACACCAAAAACUCCUUCAAAAGCUUUGAAACCAAGUUUAAAAAGAUGUACCGUUUAGAAUAUCCACAAGAAGAAGACCCCACAAGAGCUUCUAUCUCUGUCGUUCGAGCUUAUGAUGCAGCCCGUGCCAUGACGAGAGCCAUGGGAGAAAAUCUAAUCUCCAGUGAAGUAUUGGAGAAAAUUGGAGAGAGCAAUUUCGAAGGGCUUAGUGGAACGGUGAGAUUCAAGAAUGGGAUGUUAGUAUCUCAAUCACCCAAUUUCAAAAUCAGUAAAGUGGCGGAUCAAAGCUUCAAAGAAGUUGCUUUUUGGACACCCAAAUUAGGUAUUGUUGAGAGGUUUGUGGAAGUUAAUAAAACAACCACUAAACUCAAACCCAAGUUUGGAAAUUUGGGCAAUGUGGGUGUUGGAGAUUUGGCAAGGCUGACAACAUCGAGUGAAAAUUUUCAAGGAGAAAAAAGGUUGAGGUUUGCGGUUCCAGAGGAGGGAGCAUGCCAAGAAAUUGUGAAAGUGAGCAAGCAUUUGGAAGGAUAUUAUGUCACUGGAUUUUCCAUUAAUGUGUUCAGGGCUGUUAUGAGUAACAUUAAUAUAUCCCAUCCCUUGUCCUACGACUUGCUUCCUUUUAAGGGCAAAUACGAAGACAUGUUAGAGGCCGUCCGCAAUAAGACCUACGAUGGGGCUGUUGGGGAAAUUGGAAUAUUGCCAAACCGAUUUGAUAUCGUGGAUUUCACGGUAUCAUAUUUAGAGACAGAAAUUGUGAUGGUGGUAAAAGAGAAGCGUAGUCAAUGGAAACAAUUAUGGGCAUUUACGGAGGCUUUUGACGUUUCCACGUGGCUAUUAAUACCCACAAUGCAUCUCUUCAUUUCCUUCUCUGUUUGGUUACUCGAACGCCAAAAUAGCGAGGAGUUGAAGGGUUUUGGAAACAUGUUGUGGUUUUCUGUUUCCAUCAUAUUUUACAUGCACAGGGAGCCAGUGAAGAAUGGGUUGGCUCGAUUGGUGCUAGGGCCAUGGUUGUUUGGGAUAAUGGUGGUCACCGCAAGUUUCACCUCAAGUUUGACGUCCAUGAUGACAGUCUCUUGGUAUCGUCCAUCGGUGCUGGAUGUUGCUAAGCUAAAGGAGAUGAACGCUGUGGUGGGCUGCAACGCCAGAUCUUUCAUAUGUGACUAUCUAGAAAAGACACUAAAAUUUGAGCCUUCAAAAAUUAAGAGAAUAGCCUCCUUGAAUAAUUACCCAAAGGCAUUUGAGGAUGAUAGCAUCAAGGCUGCUUUCUUCAUAAGCCCCCAUGCAGAUGUUUUCCUCGCAAAGAAUUGCCGAGGCUACACCAAAGGCGUUUCCUCUUACAAGCUCAGCGGCGUAGGCUUUGCUUUUGCAAAGGGCUCUCCUCUUGCUGCGAAGGUUUCGGCGUCAAUCGUGGAAUUAACUGAAACAAAAGAGAUGCCGCAAUUCGAUCCCAACUACCUUGUGUCUUUCAACUGUCCAACUGCCAAAGCACCUGGACCUUUCAUGGGCCUAUUCCUAAUUUGUGGGAGUAUUGCUUUGUUGGUCUUGAUAUAUAUGGGCCUACAAUUCGUGAGAACCAAAUUGACCCAGAAGCCCAUUUAA